CCUUUCUGUAUUUCUGAUGGUUGGAUACAUUCUGCAUGCUUCCAAAGGGAGCUGCCCACCGCUUUGGGAGCGUUAGAAGAGUCCAGGAGAUCAUGCCUGUCAGCAGUUAUUAGGUGAGCAGUAUAUAUACAAAAUAUUCCUGUAGUAGGAUACUGGAGUCUCAGCUCAUUACUGAUGAAGAUAUCUAUGCAUUCCAGAACUAAUAUUUGCUACUACUGGAGACUGAAAUGGUAUGACCGGAGCUUUAUAUAAUUCAGCUUUUUUAGCUUCAUCAUUUUCUGAGAACUUGAGACAGAAUUUUGGGUUCUACUUCUACGCUGCUCUAGGUUAUAAUGCCAUCCUUGCCUAAUGAGAGAGAUAACCAUAGAACUGCUCCCCUGGCUUUGACUUCGGGACUACCCUAUCAAAGCGCAAUUAAAAGAAAAGUCAGAAAGAAGAAGAAUGGAGUCAUCACUGCCAAUGUUGCUGGCACAAAAUAUGAAAUUGUACGUGUAGUAAUACGAGAAAUGGGAUUUGUGAAAACACGUGAUGAAGAUGAAACAGCUAAUCUUAUAUGGAGUGAUUCUGCUGUGCAACAAGAAAAGAUUGCUGAGCUUCAGAACUAUCAGAGAAUAAACCAUUUUCCAGGAAUGGGAGAGAUCUGCAGAAAGGAUUUUCUGGCAAGAAACAUGACUAAAAUGAUCAAGAGUCAGCCUCAGGAGUAUAGUUUUAUUCCUCGAACAUGGAUCUUCCCUGCAGAAUACACACAGUUUCAGAACUACGUAAAAGAACUGAAGAAGAAACGUAGACAGAAAACUUUCAUAGUCAAACCAGCUAAUGGUGCAAUGGGACAUGGGAUCUCUUUAAUAAGAAAUGCAGAAAAGCUACAAGCUCAGGAUCACUUGAUUGUUCAGGAGUAUCUUGACAAGCCAUUUCUUAUGGAAGGCUACAAGUUUGAUUUACGUGUGUAUAUUCUUGUCACCUCCUGUGAUCCAUUAAAAGUAUUUUUAUAUCAUGAUGGACUAGUGAGAAUGGGCACAGAAAAGUAUCAUCCCCCCAGUGACUCAAAUUUGAGUCAGUUGUAUAUGCAUCUGACUAACUACUCUGUCAAUAAACAUAAUGAACACUUUGAACGGGAUGAAACAGAAGACAAAGGAAGCAAACGCUCCAUAAAAUGGUUUACUGAGUUUCUACAAACAAAUAACCUUGAUGUCUCCAAGUUCUGGGAUGAUAUUUCAGAGUUAGUAGUGAAGACUCUCAUAGUUGCAGAGCCACAUGUUCUUCAUGCUUAUCGCAUGUGCAGGCCAGGGCAAGCACCAGGAAGUGACAGUGUCUGCUUUGAAGUCCUGGGAUUUGAUAUUCUGCUGGACAGAAAAUUAAAACCAUGGCUCCUAGAGAUUAAUCGUGCCCCAAGCUUUGGAACUGAUCAAAAAAUAGACUAUGAUGUAAAGAAAGGCGUUCUGCUAAAUGCAUUAAAGCUUCUCAACAUACGGACAAGUGAUAAAAGGAAAAAUUUAGCUCAACAGAAGGCUGAGUCUCAAAAAAGACUGUAUGGUCAAGGUUCCAUGAAAAAACUGUCGCCAGGUUCUUCAGACUGGGAGAAGCAGCGUCACACACUAGAAAGGAGAAAAGAAGAACUGAAGGAAAGACUUGCACAAGUACGUAAACAGAUUUCCAAAGAGGAGCAUGAAAAUAGGCACAUGGGGAACUACAGGCGAAUUUACCCUCCUGAUGACAAGACAUUACUUGAAAAGUAUGAGAGUUUAUUAGCCACUGCUUUCCAGACAUUUCUUGCUGGGAGAGCAGCUUCUCUUCAACGGGAAAUGAAUAACCCUUUAAAAAGAAUGAAGGAGGAGGACAUUUUGGAUCUUCUGGAGCAGUGUGAAAUAGAUGAUGAAAAGCUAAUGGAAAAAUGCACCAGGCAGCGAGGACCUAAGCCCCUGUAUUCAAUGCCAGAAAGUGCACAGCCCUUAAGGAAACUUAAGUACUACAAUAGUGAUAGUACUUGCGAUAGCAGUAGCAGUAUUUCAGAAUCGGCAGAAGAAACUGAAAAGGAAGAUCAAAAGGAAGAUCACAAUGAAAAAAAAGAGAAAAAGGUUUCAUAUGAUCUUGAAGAAAAUAAAUGCAAAUCUUUGGAACGAUCAGGUAGAACAAACUGGAAACCUUCAAUUAAAAAUACAAAAUCUCCAUCAAGUUCAUCCACCACAUCAUCCGCAGGUCCAAUAAGACGUUCUGUAAGUUGCCCUCGUUCAAUAUCGAUAUUGACUAUGCAGUCACAGGCAGCUGAGCAACGUCCCUUUUCAGCCAAAACAUCUCUGCAAAUGCAGCGUGCAUCUUCAGUGAAUAGGUCUCAUUCCUUAAGUCGUAGCCCUACUUCAGCCAGGGUCUCUCAGACAUCCAGCGUGGGAACGAUGAACUCCUCAGGGUCAGCUAAUAGAAUUGGAAAGACAUUAGGAAUGUGUCUUCACCACAACGCGUUAAAGAGUGAGUCUUUACUGCAACAGAAAACGAAAGAGCAAGAAGUUGCUUUAACAAAAGAAACUCUUCUAAUUAUCAAUGACAUGAGAAUGAAGUUCCCAGGCAAAACAGAUGAAGAAUCAGAAUUCAUUAUAGAAGAUAUCAUGGAUAACUGGAAGUAUCACAAAACAAAAGUGGCAUCCUAUUGGUUGAUAAAACUGGAUUCUGUAAAACAACGAAAAAUUUUGGAUAUAGUCAAGACAAGCGUUCGUGCAGUUCUACAGCAUGUCUGGAAGGCUCCAGACAUUGAAAAUUUACAUCUUUACCGUCUCUUUAACCGCGUAUUUAAUCGCUUACUUUGGAGCCACGGUCAAGGUCUGUGGAACUGUUUCUGUAAUUCAGGGAACUCUUGGGAAACCAUAUUGAGUAAAAGCACAGAGGUGGUGACUCCUGUGCAACUCCAGUGUUGCCAACGAAUAGUACAGCUUUGUAAACACUGCCUGCUGGUGGUUUACAAAUAUUCAUCAGACUCAAGAGGAUCUCCAAAUGGAAAUUGCCUCCACUGGGAUGAUAGAAGGUGUUUAUUACCAGGACCUUCACUGUUCAUCAUGAAAUCAUCCUCGUCCAACAUUAGCUGCAGUUCAUCUGGAAUGUCUCGCCCUAACAUUUUGUUCACACACAGAUACAGUCACUUGUGAAGCAAAAGGAAAGUUUCUGUUCUUUGUAAAUAAUGGCACUCUUUUUUCUUAUUUUCUUUUUCCUUUCAAAUUCAAAUUUGUGAUGGAGCUAAACAUAAGCACUGUUACAUGCUUACUACCAUAUUAUGACAACAUUUAGCUGAAACCUACUGUAAAAGCAUAGCUUUCUUGGAAAGAUAAUAAACCUUGUUAAGCUCUUUACACACACAUGUGAAUGUGUAGAUCUUGCUAAGUUUAUAAGUAAUUCCUUCCUACUAGAAAUGUUAUUUUUGCUGCAGAAUAUAUAAAAUAGAGUUGAAUAUUAUAGUGUUAUUUUGUAAGUACAAUACAUUGACCUGAAUAUUAUUUAUUGUAAAGCAUAAUAUUUAUUGUCUCAAAUGUACCUGAUCCUUUAACAAGGCAAAUGAUUAAAAAAAAUGUAGUAGAACAGUAAAACUGUAACAAUCAGUGAAAAUAAUAUGCUAAUUUCUUGGACAUGUUUAAAAUAAUCCCCAAAACUCUGUAAACCAAACUUAAAGCAGACAUCUUUUUAUUUCUCCUAUGAAAAUACAAAAUCUAUUUAAUGCUGCUAUUUUUUGUAAGGGACGUGGUAUAGUAUCUUUUAGCCAAAGUGAAGACAUCUAGUACACAAACAGAAAAAAAUACCAGUUCAGGCAUUCAGUUUCUAAUUGGAUUCUUGUAAUAGAAUGGAAGCCAGUGUUUGUUACCAGGUUUUCAUUCACAUUACCUAUGUCCUGUGCCUUUAAGUUUCCUUUGGGAGCAAGAAGUCAUGUUCAACUUGCACAAGCAUGCAUAGUGCAUAGUUUUUCUGUUUUACUGCACAAAUGGUAAAGCAGACACUUUUAGGAAAUACUGCAGCUAUAAUGUGUUAUUUCAACCUUAAACUUAUUGGUUUGUUGUAGUUUUUAGCAUACAAUUCAGUACAUACCGUAGAAUGUAUCCUUGCAAUAGACAGUAUUUUCUAGAUUUCUGACACCUUUACAUGCCAGAAAUCUAAUUCAUUAGAAAGCUGUCAUUCAGAUUCAGCGUCCUGGGCCUGGCUGAAAGGCACAAAAAGACAACGAGCCAGAGCAGGAAACUAGUAUUUGCUCUAACAAGAUUUGGAACUGAAAACAUCAUUCAGGUUUUGCUACAUACAGCAAUUCAUCCCACUCAACAUUAUGCCAUGAGCCUUAUUCACUAUAGAAAUAAUUAUUAAAAAACAAUAAUCGGUUAAACUAGAUUUAAAAAUGGAUUAAGUUUUUUUAACUGAGUAAAGGACAGAGUAGUUAUUAUUUACCAAAGACUUGUUUACUUACCAAUCAUGUAACCCUGAAACAUGUUUAUAAAUUAUCAAUAUCUUUCAGGUAUCCUCAGGAGCAAGUAUGUUAGAGGUUUUUGAUAUCCAGAGAUUUAAGACAAAUUUAAGAGACUUGAGAUGUGAGACUGAAGUUGUCUGGAAAAGAUUAUUUUUUAAACUUUAGUCAUUGCAUAUAUAAAACUGGGAAUUUGGGUGAGAUUUUUGAUGUCUGUGCUGCAGUGCCUCAGCUCUAGAACUGCAGGAUAUAUGAUAAUGAAACUAUUUGUAAACAAUUAAAAAAAAACCUUGAGAUUAGCCGGAUACAAGCAGUCUUAUGGUCUGGUAAAGUCUUCAUUUUUGUGGUAAUACUGGUUUAGUAGUGUAGUACAUUCACAAUAAUUGAAUAUCUUUUUUUGGUUCAUACAGCAAUGACUGAUAAAGCAUACCAUGGUUAUCUGUAAGACCUAAUAAAAACUGUAAAUUCUCGCUUCUUGGGAGAGACACUCACUGCAUUCUGCUUUUGGCCACAAGCAUAAACCCAGCUUCCAGCUUAGCUUGUCAGACUCAAACAGAGCCUUAGGAGAGUAGGUUCACAUGCUUCCCUCUCCCCCAUCCCAUAAAUUACAUUAUGAUCUCUAUUCUCAGAAGCCAGUGCAGGGACAGUCGAUUUGCAUAGAAUACUCUGCCAGCAGAAAGAGGGCUACUACCCGUACCUAUGUGUAUGGACAAUUCUAGAAAAGAAAAAAUACAUUUAGUGUGUACAAAAUUGGACCAGAUGGUUGGUUUGCAUCUGACAUUACUUACUCUAUUCAUAUUUCUGAUAACCUUUCCUAAAGUGGUACUGUGUUCCUAAUAAUGUGUGAAUCAAUACUUCCAAUAAAUGUAAUGCUACACUUUCCUCCCA